UUAUCGGUUCCAAUUUUGUUGGUUGACGCAAGGACAGUUACGAGGGAUUCCACCCGAGAAGAAAUGCGUUCCAGUAGAUAUGAAAUAAAUAAUGCAGUUUUCAAGUUCGUAAACUACCUCCGGCUAUUAUGGGAAGCUUUCUGUUUUUGUGGAGCUUUGAACUUACUUCCAGCGUCAGCACGGGACAUUUUCUCGGGAGAUUCAGAAACGUUCAAUCUCAAAAAUCAGGAUGCAAUGAUCGAGUACAUUAACCGUGUUCAGACGUCAUGGACGGCAGGAAGGAACUUCCCCGACGACACGGAUCCGGGCUACCUUAAGCGGCUUGCUUCAGCCUGGAGACCCGAGAGAGACGAACAAACAAAUGGAACGGUUUCAGAUGCCCUCGAGGAAGAGUUCCACGUCACUUAUUCGGGUGCUGAUCCACCGGCUGAGUUCGACGCGAGGAAGAAGUGGACCAACUGUCCCAGCCUUUCCCACAUCUAUGACCAAGGGAACUGCGGGGGUUGUUGGGCAGUUUCCUCAGCAUCCGUGAUCACAGAUAGGAUUUGCAUUUCCAGUAACGGAAAAUUCAAAGACACGAUUUCAGCGUGGGAGAUCCUUUCUUGCUGUGCCGAAGAUAAAUGUCGUGGCUGUGACGGGGGCUUGGAAAAGAUUGCUUUCAAAUACUACAAGAAACAUGGCGUCGUAACCGGAGGAGAAUUUGGCACAAACCAGGGUUGCAUGCCGUAUCAGAUAAAACCUUGCACGCAUCAUAUGGGCAGAGAUGGCAGAUAUAAAAAUUGCGAUAGUUACAAUGAGACGGUGGUCCCAUCCUGUAAAACGGAAUGCCCUAAUAAAAGUUAUCAGACUCCGUAUGCAAAGGACCGACAUUUUGGUAAACGCGCCUACCAAGUGAAAGCUGCUGAUCUCAAAAAGGAGCUGUUUGAAUUUGGCCCGGUCACGAUGAGCUUUGAAGUGUUCGCAGACUUCCCACUUUAUAAAUCAGGAAUAUACCAUCAUGUAACUGGAAAAUCGGUGGGAUGGCACGCCGUAAGGGUAAUCGGGUACGGGCCCGGGUACUACCUGGCUACAAAUUCUUGGAAUUCUGAAUGGGGAGACAACGGGCUGGUCAAGUUUAAAAGUGGCACAAAUGAAUGCCAUAACGAAGAGGACGGUUUCCGGACAGCUUUACCGAAAGAAUGAUCAUUCUUCACAGAAAAAAAUGGAUUGCUGAUUUAGACUGCAUUUUGCAAUUUGGAGCUAUAAAUUCUGGAUCAUCUGGAUCUGGAUCUGGAUCAUCUUAUGUGUAUAGGGAAACUAAUGGCACAUACGAUGUUAUAUAAACCGGGCUAGAAUUUAUAGUUCCAAAUUGCAAAAUGUAGUCCAUUUGGCAAUUAAAUUGUUAAAAAUAUGUCCCAAAUGUUUCAAAUGUACAUUUUACAAUAAAGGAAAGCUAAUUUAACCACGGGGUUGGUUAAAUUAUAAUCUUCUUAUUGCAAAACGUGCAUCGACUGUAUCUACUUCGAAACCUGUCAGACACUUUUUCAAACUGCAAAACUGUUAAAUUAGUAACAUCAUUUUUUCCGUGUCCUGUCCCGUAGACUUAAUCUGUACACUCGCCCUUGGAAGCGAUUCAAUUUACAUAGCCUUCCAUAUUUCUUGAUUUUAGCAUGUACAAUGAUUUUUGCAUGUCCUCUUGAUUGUACUUAAUUUUGUAAAAUAAAUAGAGAAAAUAACAUUUUGCCGCACAUGAGCCUCGACAAGA